AUGGUUUCAUCUAAACAAGAUCUUGUGCAUGUGUUUCUCGUCACUUUUCCAGCACAAGGCCAUGUCAAUCCACUCCUCAGACUCGGCAAGCUCCUAGCUUCAAAGGGCAACCUCCUCGUCACCUUCUCCGCCACCAAAUCCAUCGGAAAGAAACUCAAGAAAGCCGGCACUGUCGUUUCCGGUGAUCCUACUCCGGUAGGCAAUGCUGGCGGCAUGAUCCGAUUUGAGUUCUUCGAUGAUGGAUGCUCCGAAGACAAUGAUGACGAACGCUAUGACCUUGACAACUACUUACCUAAGCUUGAGGCUUACGGAAAAGCUGCACUCACCGGCAUCAUCAACCACCAUGUAGAAAACGGCCGGCCAGUAUCGUGUCUAAUCAACAAUCCUUUCGUGCCUUGGGUCACUGACUUAGCAGAAGAGCUUAACAUUCCGUCUGCUAUGCUUUGGGUACAAUCUUGUGCUUGCUUUUCAUCGUAUUAUCAUUACGAGAAUUCAUUAGUUCCCUUUCCAAGUGAUGAACAACCAGACAUCGACGUUCAGUUGCCAAACAUGCCGCUCCUGAAGUCAGAUGAGAUUCCAAGCUUUUUACAUCCUUCAACGCCUUAUCCGUUCUUGAGAAGAGCCAUUUUAGGGCAGUUCAAGAACUUGUCGAAGACAUUUUGUGUUUUAAUGGAGACUUUUGAAGAACUUGAGGGUGAUUUAAUCAAUUACAUGUCUCAAAUAUGCCGUAUUCGAUCCGUGGGUCCCUUGUUCAAUAACCCAUUACUUGAAACAAGCUCUAAUAUCUCCGGCGACCUGAUAAAAGCCGACGAUUGUCUGGAGUGGCUCGACUCGAAGCCACCUUCAUCAGUCGUUUAUAUCUCAUUCGGAAGCGUAGUGAGCUUGAGUCAAGAACAGGUAACUGAGAUGGCUUAUGGUGUUAUGAACUCCGGCGUGUCGUUUUUGUGGGUAAUGAGGGUGGGUGCGACUUCCACCGGCGAAUCUGGAGAGUUGCCCGAAGGGUUAUUGGAGGAGGCCGGAGAAAGGGGAAUGGUGGUCCACUGGAGUCCACAAGCCCAGGUGUUGAGUCACUCGGCGGUGUCUUGUUUUCUGACUCACUGUGGGUGGAACUCAACCAUGGAAGCGUUGUCAAGCGGUGUUCCUGUGGUGGCGUUCCCACACUGGGGAGAUCAAGUGACGGAUGCAAAAUAUUUGGUUGAUGAAUGGAAGGUUGGGAUUAGGAUGUGUAGGGGUGAGGCCGAGAAUAGGGUGAUUGGGAGGGAGGAGGUGGAGGAGUGCUUAAGAGAGGCUACAAGUGGUGUAACGGCGACGGAGAUGAAGAAGAAUGCAUUGAAGUGGAAGAAAGCAGCGGGGGAGGCGGUGGCAGAAGGUGGAACAUCCGACCGGAAUAUUCAAGAGUUUGUGGAUGAGGUUAGAAAGAUAAGUGUGAGAUCAGUUUAA